AUGCCCUGGAAGCUUUCCAAGUUAAGCCAGGGUAGUUUAACAAAGGAGGCUACCCUUAUGAACGAGAGUAGGUCUAAUUCCGGUCUGGAGCUGAAUCAAGAAUUAUUCAUGCUAAGACAACGGAGUGGGGGCUCUUCCUUUGGUCGUCUCCUUGAGAUAGUUUGCCCUCUCCUUUCAGUCGAGCUACUUCGUUACCCUCUCCUCUCCUCUCUUGUGUCGAUUGUUCUGCUAGCUCCUCUUUGGACCGCCAUCAGAAAGGAAUCGGCUUCUGAUGGGAAUUCCAAGUCGUAUUGUCCAUCGGAACCAUCAAUCAUAAGAUUAGCCAGUCAGAAAGUCUUCGCUCUUCCAAGGCCUCAUUAG